AUGACGUAUCUAUCUAUCUAUCUAUCUAUCUAUCUAUCUAUCUAUCUAUCUGAUCCAGUUAAUAUCUAUCUGUUGAACAACAACUAUCUGAUCCAGUUAAUAUCUAUCUAUCUAUCUAUCUAUCUAUCUAUCUAUCUAUCUAUCUAUGCCUUUUCAUAUCUAUAUCAUCUUUUUAUGUCAAUCUAUCUGUCAAGUCUUUUUAUCUAUCUAUCUAUCUAUCUAUCUAUCUAUCUAUCUAAGUCUCUUCAUUAUCUAUCUAUGCUUGUCUCUUCAUAUCUUUGUCAGUCUUUUUAUAUCUAUCUAUCUAUGUAUCUAUCUAUCUAUCUAUUUCAGUCUGUUCGUAUCUAUCUAUCGAUUUAUCUAUCUUCUUUCAUGGAUCUAUUUACCUAUAUAUCUAUAGUCAUUUCAUCUAUCUAUCUAUCUAUCUAUCUAUCUAUCUAUCUAUCUAUCUAUCUCAAUUACGACUUCUUCUCGUUGUGCUUGUCAUUUUUCUUCUUGUUUUUUCCAUUCUUUUCAUUCUUCUUCCCGUUCAUUUUAUUCUCCUUCCCGUUCAUCUUUACGUACUUCUCGUUCAUUUUCUCGUUCUUCAUUUUCAUCUUCUCGUUCCGUUUUUGUAUAUUCUCGUUGUCCUUUUCUCGUUGUGCUUGUCAUUUUUCUUCUUGUUUUUUCCAUUCUUUUCAUUCUUCUUCUCGUUCAUUUUAUUCUCCUUCCCGUUCAUCUUUACGUACUUCUCGUUCAUUUUCUCGUUCUUCAUUUUCAUCUUCUCGUUCCGUUUUUGUAUAUUCCCGUUGUCCUUUUCUCGUUGUGCUUGUCAUUUUUCUUCUUGUUUUUUUCCAUUCUUUUCAUUCUUCUUCCCGUUCAUUUUAUUCUCCUUCCCGUUCAUCUUUACGUACUUCUCGUUCAUUUUCUCGUUCUUCAUUUUCAUCUUCUCGUUCCGUUUUUGUAUAUUGCCGUUGUCGUUCUCGUUGUGCUUGUCAUUUUUCUUCUUGUUUUUUCCAUUCUUUUCAUUCUUCUUCUCGUUCAUUUUAUUCUCCUUCCCGUUCAUCUUUACUAAGUUCUCGUUCAUUUUCUCGUUCUUCAUUUUCAUCUUCUCGUUCCGUUUUUGUAUAUUCCCGUUGUCCUUUUCUCGUUGUGCUUGUCAUUUUUCUUCUUGUUUUUUUCCAUUCUUUUCAUUCUUCUUCUCGUUCAUUUUAUUCUCCUUCCCGUUCAUCUUUACGUACUUCUCGUUCAUUUUCUCGUUCUUCAUUUUCAUCUUCUCGUUCCGUUUUUGUAUAUUCCCGUUGUCCUUUUCUCGUUGUGCUUGUCAUUUUUCUUCUUGUUUUUUCCAUUCUUUUCAUUCUUCUUCUCGUUCAUUUUAUUCUCCUUCCCGUUCAUCUUUACGUACUUCUCGUUCAUUUUCUCGUUCUUCAUUUUCAUCUUCUCGUUCCGUUUUUGUAUAUAUUCCCGUUGUCCUUUUCUCGUUGUGCUUGUCAUUUUUCUUCUUGUUUUUUCCAUUCUUUUCAUUCUUCUUCUCGUUCAUUUUAUUCUCCUUCCCGUUCAUCUUUACGUACUUCUCGUUCAUUUUCUCGUUCUUCAUUUUCAUCUUCUCGUUCCGUUUUUGUAUAUUCUCGUUGUCCUUUUCUCGUUGUGCUUGUCAUUUUUUCUUCUUUUUUUUCCAUUCUUUUCAUUCUUCUUCUCUUCUCGUUCAUUUUCUCGUUCUUCAUUUUCAUCUUCUCGUUCCGUUUUGUAUAUUCCGUUGUCCUUUUCUCGUUGUGCUUGUCAUUUUUUCUUCUUGUUUUUUCAAUUUUUUCAUUCUUCUUCUCGUUCAUUUUAUUCUCCUUCCCGUUCAUCUUUACGUACUUCUCGUUCAUUUUCUCGUUCUUCAUUUUCAUCUUCUCGUUCCUUUUUUUUUAUUCUCGAUUACUUUCUUCUUCUUCUCAAUCAUUUGCUUUUUCACCUUCUUCUUCUUUACGUACUUCUCGUACAUUUUCUCUUUUUUUCCUUUUCAUUCUCUCGUUCUUCAUUUUCACAUUCUCGUUUUGUUUUUACAUCAUCUCGUUCUUCUUCUAUUUAUUCUUAUUCUCGUUCUAUUCCUCUUUCUUUUCGUACUUCUCAUCCAUCCUUUCAUUCAUUCAUUCAUUCAUUCAUUCUUCUUCUUCUUCUUCUUCUUCUUCUUCUUCUUCUUCUUCGUCGUCGUCGUCGUCGUCGUCGUCUCUCCUAUUCUUAUUGUUUUUUUUUCAUUGUCCAUCCAUUUUCGUAAUCAGCAACAUCUUACUCCUUUCCCUUUUUUCUUUUGCGCUCAAAAUAUCCUUUUCAGAUUUACACUAUUCAUUUUUCCUCUCUUCCUUCAUAUUUUCUUACCAUCGAUCUUCAAACCAUUCUCCCCCCACACACACCCAACCAUUCCGUAUCAGCAUUCGCAUCGCUUCGAGUGGCAACAGAGGCAGCGGCCAACGCAACACAUUUGACGUUCCUGGGCAAAUGAAAUUUUCUUUUCGCGUUUUGCACGAAGGAACUCGUCAUUACAAGAACUCGUUCGUUUAUAAUAAUCCCCUGCAGUGA